AUGGGGAAGGCGGCCGCGCUGUGCAGCGGCGGCACCCGCGGGCUGGUCUCCAUCCUCAGCGCCGUCCCGUGCCUGGCCUGCAAGAACCCGCCGGGCCCCGCCGCGCCAGCCAUGAGCGGGGGCAGCGAGCCGGGCCAGGCGGGCAGGGGCGGCGGGGGCGGGCUGGGGGUCCCGGCCGCCCCCGCCGGGCCCGGCUCCGACACCUACAAGGGCUGGCUCUUCAAAUGGACCAACUACCUGAAGGGCUACCAGCGCCGCUGGUUCGUGCUCAGCAACGGGCUGCUCAGCUACUACAGGACACAGGCUGAAAUGGCUCACACCUGUCGCGGAACCAUCAACCUGUCAACAGCGCACAUCGAUACGGAGGACUCCUGUAACAUCGUACUCUCCAGUGGGGGAAGGACAUACCAUCUAAAGGCAAGCUGCGAAGUGGAGAGGCAACGAUGGGUCACUGCUUUGGAGCUGGCCAAAGCAAAAGCUAUCCGUAUGAGGAACAGCCAGUCAGAUGACUCGGGUGAUGAGGAACCAGCCUCGCAGUCUGACAAGAGCGAGCUGCACAGCACUCUGAAAAGCCUCGCCAGUAAGCUGGAGGAUCUAAGCACGUGCAAUGACCUUAUUGCCAAGCACGGGGCAGCUCUCCAGAGGUCCCUGAGUGAGCUGGAGAACCUGAAGCUGCCUGCCGAGAGCGGGGAGAAGAUCAAAGCCGUCAAUGAGCGAGCCACCCUCUUCCGGAUCACCUCCAAUGCUAUGAUCAAUGCUUGCCGCGACUUCCUGGAGUUAGCCGAGAGCCACAGUCGGAAAUGGCAGCGGGCGCUACAGUAUGAGCGGGAGCAGAGGAUCCGCCUGGAGGAGACCAUUGAGCAGUUAGCCAAACAGCACAACAGCUUGGAACGGGCCUGCCGGGGAGCCCCCGGCCUGUCCUCGAGCGCCACCGCAGUCAGCAGCACUUCCAAGGGGAGUGUGCAGCCUGCCAAAGGGGAAGCCAGUGAUGAAGAUGAGGAGACAGAAUAUUUUGAUGCCAUGGAGGAUGCACCAGCUUUUAUCACAGUAACCGCAGACCCCAAACAUCACAGGCGUUCUGGCAGUAACCUGAGUGGGGCCAACGAGGGGCACCCUGAGGACUGGAACCUGGAGGACAAUGUCUUUGAGAGCGCAAAUCAAACUGGCUACAAUGAAUCAACGUGCAAAGACGUCCUGCCGAAGAAGAGGAGACGAACACGCAUUCCAGACAAACCCAACUACAGCCUUAACCUCUGGAGCAUAAUGAAAAACUGCAUUGGCAAAGAACUGUCCAAGAUCCCUAUGCCUGUAAACUUCAACGAGCCGCUUUCCAUGCUGCAGAGGCUGACCGAGGACCUGGAAUACCACGAGCUGCUGGACAAAGCCGUGAAGUGCGAGAGCUCCACAGAGCAGAUGUGUUUCGUUGCUGCAUUUUCAGUGUCUUCCUACUCAACGACUGUGCACCGCACUGCAAAGCCGUUCAACCCCCUGCUGGGGGAAACCUACGAACUCGACCGGCUAGAUGAGCUUGGCUUCCGAUCGCUCUGCGAGCAGGUGAGCCAUCACCCACCAGCUGCGGCCCAUCAUGUGUAUUCCAAGCAAGGCUGGACUCUGUGGCAGGAAAUCACAAUUGCCAGCAAGUUCAGGGGCAAAUACCUCUCUAUCAUGCCACUGGGUGCCAUCCAUCUAGAAUUUCACUCCAGCGGGAACCACUACGUCUGGAGGAAGGUCACCUCCACCGUUCACAACAUCAUUGUGGGCAAGCUCUGGAUCGACCAGUCUGGUGACAUAGAGAUUGUGAACCACAAGUCAAAAGAUAAAUGCCAGCUGAAAUUUACACCCUACAGCUAUUUCUCCAGAGAUGUCCCCCGAAAGGUGACGGGCGUGGUGAUGGACGCUGAUGGGAAGGCGCAUUACGUCAUGUCUGGCACGUGGGACGAAAAUAUGGAGUGCUCCAAGAUCGUGCAAAGCAGCCGUGGCAGCACCAGCUCGGAGGGCAAGCAAAAGACCGUCUACCAGACGCUGGCCCCAAAGGUCCUGUGGAAGAAAUAUCCUCUCCAGGAGAAUGCCGAGAACAUGUAUUUCUUCUCUGACCUGGCCCUGACCCUGAACGAGCCUGAGGAAGGAGUGGCCCCCACAGACAGCAGGCUGAGGCCUGACCAGCGGCUCAUGGAGAAUGGCAAGUGGGAUGAGGCCAACGUGGAGAAGCAGAGGCUGGAGGAGAAGCAAAGGGCCGUCCGUCGCAGGCGGGAGGCAGAAGCCGUGGAGGCCUUGGAGGAAGGCAAAGACUACGAAGGCUACAUCCCGCUGUGGUUUGAGAGGAAGGUGGAUCCCCUGACAGGGGAGCUGAUCUGUGUUUACAAGGGUGGAUACUGGGAAGCCAAGGAGAAACAGGACUGGGAUCUGUGCCCUGAUAUCUUCUGAGCUGCUCCUCCCGCACCAGGCUGGCAGGCCACGGGAUAGAAGGAGGAGGAGCACCUGGGAUGCAUUGGGCAGCGUCCUCUCUUUAUGUCACAGCGCACAGAAACACACACAGAGUAAAUAAAUACAGAAAUUUAAAAGAAAAUAAAUCAAAACAGGGAUUCCAAACCUAUUUUUUUAUGCACUAAUAAAAUAGCAUUCAGUGUUUUUUUAAAAGGUGGCGUUUUUUUAGCUACUAAUUAGGAACAAAGACAUGUUGACUCUGGUUCCUUUUUAGCCUAGCAUAUUUAUUGCUGUCAGAAGUUGCUGCCUAUAUUUUUCGAAGCCUCAGCUUUAUUAACUGAGACGACUUCCAAAGAUGCACGCGUUGCGGGGAUACGAUGCACAGUCCUUGGAGCUCUUCCUUUUGACGUUUUUCCCCAUUUGUGUAUGGACUUCAUUUUUAAAAAAUCUGCUUCUAGUUCAGGUUCCUUUUUACAGACAAAAGCAACUCUCUGAUCCCAUUCAUCUCCGAAACUCUAGGGAGAAGAUGACUUUUCUAGGGACGGUAGAUUAGGUGCUUAUUCCUAGGUUCUUUCCAUCGUUCCCAGCAGUGCCCGAUGCUCCCACAGCUAUGAAUUAGGUUAUUUCUGAAGGAAUUUAGGUGACAUUUUGGCGGAUUGUUUGAGUGGAUUUUUCCAAUCUGCAAUAUUGAGUUGAUAUUUUUUAGACCCGUCUCUAACAAGAUGCUUUUUUGGAUCAUGUUCGUUUGGGUUUUUCCCUGCAAUUCUGUCUUAAUGGGAAACAGUUCCUUACAGAGAGCAGACAAGAGGCGAUCUGCCUAGGGAGACUUUUUAAACUUGCCCUCAGUCAGAGUAGAGUCAGCCUUCGUGGACUAGAGCCAAGACCCUUACUCAGCAGUUCAUAGAUACCAUCAGUGCUUAUCGGGAUCCAUACCCCACCCCAGCCCAGCACCUCGAGGCUCCUUCCCCCUCCAUGUCUCGCAGUAGCAGUUGAUGUUCCCAGCUCUCUACGCCUUCUUGCAACACUUUCCAGGCAGGGUUCAGGCUCUGAGCUGCCCUUCGGACACCAGGCACAAAGGUUGAUGCCACCAGUAACUGUUGCAUGGAUGGUUCCCAUCAUAUUGCAGUGUCAGUCCCCGUAAGGGACAGCUGGAGGUGCAGGGAACAGUGACGUUCAUUUAGGCAAAGCAGUAGCGUGGUUCAUGGCGAGCUCGGUGUGAGAGCCCGGAAGUGUAGUGGGAGGCUCUUGAACAAGCAGAAGGCUCCCCUACCCCUUUCCUUUCCCCCAUUCCCUGGGGCUUCCUGCCAUUUCCACCCCAUCCUCCUCCUAUCUCCGUGGGGUUCUUUCUCUUGCGCCCACCUCCAGUCUGGGGCUAGGGAGCGGAGCCUGGGGGGCUCAGCGGAGGAGCAGGAGGAGAGACGUAGUUAUGUGGGAUACAGCAAGAGGGGGGAGAUGGCUGGCGGGAUGCCCCCAGCUCCAGCACAAGGACCCGAGUGAGGCUGGCUUUGACUGGAGCUCUGUGUUGUGACUGGCUACAAGUCGCUGGAGCACAGGCACAUGUGACUCGUGGAUCCCAGUUCCCACUCCCUUGAUGCCAGAUCCAAGAUCCCCAAAUGCAGCUGGAGGGGUGCAGGAUUCCAGCGUGACCCCCGUGACUAUAAUGGGUUGCUCCAGAGCCUGGCUCUGAGCACCAACCCCCAAACACCCAUUAAAUCAUCCUGCAGUCCGAGGGGAGAGAUGCCCAGGAGCUCUGCACACAGACCCCCCCUCUGGCCCCUGGGCAGUGUCCCACCUCUGGCAUGACUGAGCCAAGCUGCUGAGCUCUGUCACAGGUGCCACGGGAAAAGCCCAGAGACUUUUGGGCAGAAGGGUGAGGGCAGCUGUUCCUGCACUGCAGAGGGUGCUUGGGGCUCGCACAGCUGCUGGGAAUGGGGCACAACAUUGCAAUGGCCCAGUAGAAAGCUGAGCCCACUGUGGGCCACUGGACCCAGUCUGCCCUAGGGCCCUCCCUUGGUUCCCUGCAGGAAGGUGGCAGACAAUGGUUUGCUUUCAUGGCUGUGUGCAGGCACCAGUCCUGGAUUGUCACUCACUGCUCCAGCUCACGUGCUUAGCCUAGCGGCCCCCUGUGCUGCAGGGCUUAUUGAGAUCCAGGCAGUGCUGCAGGCACUCCCCUCCCGCCCACCACAAGGCUGGACGAGCAGCAGGCUACCCUAGAACAGGGCCCAUCCCUAGACUGUCGCUGCUGACUGGCAGCCAGAGAAACCGCUCUUCUGGGUGAUCCGUCACAUCCCUUGCCUGAUGCUAAAAUCCCUCCCUGGGCAGCGGGCGGCCGUGAACCCAACAGGCUUUGGCACAUGGACUCACUCCCUUCCAGGCCCCUGGCUCUGGACCGCCCCCCAUUGCAACAAUCCCCUUCCAUAGGGCUCCUGCUGGUGUCAUUAUUAAGAAUGUCCCAUCACUGAACAUCUGCUGAGCCCUCACGGCAAACAUUACGGCAAAUACUGGGCCACAUGCACCCCUUAGGCUGUGAUGCCAGUGGAACUAGUGUCUGUCCUGAAACAGCUCAGCUCCUAGAUCUCCUGCUUUCUGUACCUCCCUUUCCACCCCCAGUCGUGUGGGGACAGAGGCCCGUGCACUUCUGCUGCUUCCUCCCCACCAGAGCAGUCUCCUUGCUGGGAUACUGAGUGCUCCGGAGAUGCCCGGAAAGGAUGAGCAAGCCCUGCAGGUGAUAAAUGAGCAGCAAGGGAAGGUGACUCGCUCACACAUCCUGCUCUGGUAUAUACGUGUCUGGUGACUGAACUGCAGGGUACCCCGGGAGAGCUCUGUCUGCGCUGGCGUUUGGGAAUGGGAGUCCGGAUCUGUGCACUGAUGAGACCUGCCGAGUAUCCUGGGCUUGAGAAGGAGCCGCGUGUGAGCUCAGGAGGGCUAGAGGCAGGGUUCUGCCUUGUGUGCUUUCAUUUCUGAUGUCUUCUGCUCUGGCUUUCCACCAUGUCACACCAACCACUCUGCUCGUGUGGCUCAAAGGCCAAGCUGGGGCAGCUGGGGCCAGCCCCCAUCCACGGGGGAAGAAAAUUAGCAAUAAUGAACUUCAAGGCACUGGUAACUGGAAAACCCAGACUGCACAAGGGACUCGUAUGCAAUCAGGUUCCGAAGACCAUCAGUCUCCUGGCCAGCCCUCUUCUCAUCCAGCACCCACAGACUGACUUACAACACAUGUAUGUAUACAGUAUAUAUACAACUUGUACAAUGUAACAUUAGUGAUUGGCUAUCAGUGUGGUAACACAGCUGAUUUCCGUGUACCCUUUAAUCUUUUAUUUGCUUCUAAUUUAUAUAUAAAUAUAUAUAAAAUUAUUUUGCUUAAAUUUAUAUGGUACAUAAUAGAUGAAAAAUAAUGAAGACAGAUAUGGCUGUCUGAGGUUUUGUAGUACAACCUGUAUGGUAUAUUUCAGCUUAUCUUUCAGGUAGGCUUGUUCUAAAAUGAGCAGGGAGAGAGAGGUUUAAGGUAUUUGCUUAAUUAGCUAAGUAACAAUUGCUCCAAAGCCAAAUGCUUUCACAUUCAAAAGGUGUUAAUUAGAAAAGAUCAUUCCCUUUUAGCAAACCAGGUGUUUCAGCUUUCUAAGGCCUGGGCUACACUACAGAGUUAGGUCGACAUAAGGCAGCUUCCAUCAACCGAACUCUGUGAGCGACUACACUAAAAUAUAGCCCCCAUCGAUGUAACUCGCCCAUUACACCGACUUAAUAACUCCACCGCUAUGAGCAGGGCCGGAUUAACUUUUUGUGGGCCUGGCGCCAAACGUAUUUGUGCCCCCCCCCCCCCCCCCC